CUUUGUUUACAUUCACGAUAAAUACACGUUUUUGCAGAAUGUUUGAUAAUAAAGGAGAUAAACUGCUGCUCGAAAUCGAGGAGGAAGAUGCUGAUCCCGAGGAGCAGCAUCCCCGCUGCGAGCAUGGACCCACUGUGCUGUUCUACCGGCAAUCGCAGCUUCCCGGCCAGGGAUAUUUCGCCUGCUCCGCCCACCGGGAUUCCGAACUUUGCAAUUUUCACCUGCCGGCGGAUCAGUGGAGAGGUCAAACCUCUGGGACACCACUUCCUCAGAGGAAUUAUCCUUUAGCAACCGGAAAAACAAGAAACCCCUCCCUUCUUGACCCCACAUUAAGCAUAACAGCGCUUUCCGAGGACAAAGUCAAUGCCCAAUAUUUCUUCGAUGAAGCUGCUGUUAAAUUCUUAACUAGUCAGUGCAAAAAUAUAGGAGCCAGCAAGGUAAUCUGCAUGGGCGCACCUCGUUUGCAUUUUCACCUGCGCCACCAACUGCAAAGUUUCCUUCUGGAUUUGGAUGAGAGAUUUGCGGAAUAUCUGGGACCUGAGGAGUUCUGUCUCUACAACAUGUGCAAUAAUCACUUUUUCUACAAUCGCAGUCCCUUUGAGAAGUUCCUGGAAGGUACUAGUACAGAACAACUGGUGAUUGUGACGGAUCCUCCCUUUGGCUGUCGAACUGAACUGAUUUCUCACACAUUGCGCAGCCUGAGAAGACUCCACAACCGAAUCAACCAGCUGCCCUCCACUCCACUGUCCAUGUUCUGGAUAUAUCCCUACUAUUCAGCCAACUACAUUAGGCAGGAAAUGCCUGAGAUGGAAAUGAGCGACUACAGGAUAAACUACACCAAUCAUUUGAGAUAUACAAACGUGGGAAAGCAGAGUCGCUUCUGCGGAUCCCCCGUGCGUUUGUUCACUAAUGUGCCACUGAGAUUGCUUCAACUGCCCGUGGAGGAGGGCUAUAAAUACUGCCAAAAGUGCGAAUGCUACACGGCCAACGAAAACCUUCACUGCAAUCGCUGUGGGAAAUGUCCCUCUGUGAAUGGUCAGUCAUAUAGACACUGUGAUGCCUGCGAUCUUUGUGUGAAACCCAACUAUGUUCACUGCAGCAACUGCAGGAGAUGCACUCAAAAGGAGGGACACAACUGCUCCUUUUACCAGACCAAACAGCGCUGCAGGCUGUGCGAUCAAAAGGGGCACAUAGAAACCGAGUGCCCGAACUUUAAAGGAAAGUUACAGCACACCAAAGGCUGUCUUCUGUGCGGCAAGCGGAAUCACGGCGAACGAAGAUGCAUCCAGCGAUCAAAGUACUUCAGGGAGCACCAUUUCAUGGACGAAAUCACCGUUGAGUGUUUAUAA